CACACUAAGGAAAAAUGGUGAAUAUAUUAUCUUGUCUCUUACUUUUUUUGUUAUCAUUGCAUUGUUUUGUAGCUUGCUUAGCUUCGAAUACAAAAAACAGCACAACUGAUCAAUCCGCUCUUAUAGCAUUCAAAUCUUUAAUUACUUCAGACCCCUAUGAUAUGUUGGCUAAUAAUUGGUCAACCUCCUCUUCUGUGUGCAGUUGGGUUGGUGUCACUUGUGAUGAGCGUCACGGAAGAGUAUAUAGUUUGAUUCUCCGAAACAUGAGUCUUAGAGGUACUGUUUCCCCAAAUUUAGGGAAUAUGUCCUUUCUUGUUAUACUUGACCUCAAAAACAAUAGUUUCGGUGGUCAAUUUCCUCAAGAGUUAUGUCGGUUGCGUCGAUUAAAGGUUCUGAACGUCAGGUAUAACAAGUUUGAAGGAGGAAUCUCUGAAGCGUUGGGGAAUUUAUCGCAACUUCAAUAUUUGUAUCUUGGCGCUAACAAUUUUAGUGGUUUUAUCCCUGAAUCUAUCGGUAGCCUUCAUCAGUUGAAGUUAUUGGAAAUUAGUAAGAACAAUUUGUCUGGACUCAUACCUCAAAUGGUUUCAAACAUGUCUUCACUUGAAUAUCUAGAUUUAUCUUCCAACUACUUUUCAGAUCUGAUACCUGAGGAGAUUGGCGAUCUGCAUCAACUUAAGUUUCUAGAAUUGGGAAACAAUAGCUUCAAAGGAUCAAUUCCUUCCAAACUCCUCAACAUAUCAUCACUGACAUACUUGCAUCUUGAACAAAAUUACCUCUCAGGCAUAAUUCCAUCAAAAACAGGUUAUAGCCUUCCUAAGCUACAACAACUUUCGUUGUAUCAAAACAAUUUUGUUGGAAAUAUUCCAAAUAUUAUAUUCAACGCUUCUGAUCUCAUUCUAGUUGACUUGAAUUACAACGCCUUCACUGGAACUGUUCCUAAUGUUUUUGAAAAUUUAAGGUUCCUUGAAUCUUUCCUUAUAGUGGAAAACUAUUUAACAAUAGAUGAUUCACAUCAGUUCUUUAACUCCUUGACAAGUUGUAGAUAUUUGAAAUAUCUAGAGUUAUCGGGGAAUCAUAUCCGAUCUCAUAUAUUAUCUAGUUUUCCAAAUUCAAUUGGAAACAUAUCUGCAGAAUUCUUUUGGUUGGAUUCAUGUCGAAUUGAAGGUAAUAUUCCCAUAGAAAUCGGAAACAUGAGCAACAUGAUAUUUUUUUCUAUAAAUGAUAAUAAUAUAUAUGGAUCAAUACCUGGUACUAUCAAAGAGUUACAGAAUCUUCAAGUGUUGGAUCUUGGCAACAAUCGACUACAAGGAUCAUUUAUUGAGGAGCUUUGUGAACUUCAGAAAUUAGGUGAGUUGUAUCUAGAAAAUAAUAAGCUCUCUGGUGUUUUACCAACAUGCUUGGAAAAUAUGACUUCUCUUAGAAUGAUAGACAUAGGAUCUAAUAGUCUGAACUCUAAGAUACCUUCCUCUCUUUGGAGUGUCAUAGAUAUCUUAGAGGUAGAUUUGUCUUAUAAUGCCUUCAUUGGGAAUCUUCCACCUGAGAUUGGGAAUUUGAGAGCAAUUGUAGUUUUAGAUCUAUCAGGAAAUAAUAUUUCAAGAAACAUUCCUUCAACCAUUAGUUCCUUAGUAACUUUGCAAAACCUAUCAUUAGCGCAUAACAAACUGAAUGGAUCAAUUCCAUCAUCACUUGGUGAAAUGGUGAGCUUGACCUCCUUGGACUUGUCCCAAAAUAUGCUAACCGGUAUUAUUCCAAAAUCCUUAGAAUCACUUUUGUAUCUUGAAAACAUCAACUUCUCAUAUAAUAGAUUACAAGGAGAGAUUCCUGAUGGUGGGCCUUUCAAAAAUUUUAUGGCUGAAUCUUUUAUUCACAAUGGAGCUCUUUGCGGAAAUCCUCGCCUACAUAUACAUCCGUGUGGUGAACAAGUUAAAAAAUGGUCAAUGGGAAAGAAGUUGUUAUUCAAAUGCAUCAUUCCCUUAGUUGUGUCAACCAUUUUGGUUGUUGCAUGCAUCAUACUUUUAAAGCAUAAUAAAAGGAAAAAGAUUCAAAAUACUCUUGAAAGGGGUUUAUCAACUUUAGGAGCUCUAAGAAGAAUUUCCUAUUAUGAACUUGUGCAAGCAACUAAUGGAUUCAAUGAGUGUAAUUUACUUGGACGGGGGGGCUUUGGCUCUGUAUAUCGGGGGAAUCUCCGCAAUGGAGAGAUGAUUGCAGUUAAAGUAAUUGAUUUGCAGUCAGAGGCAAAAGCAAAGAGCUUUGAUGUAGAAUGCAAUGCAAUGAGAAAUCUCCGACAUCGAAAUCUUGUUAAGAUUAUUUGUAGUUGUUCAAAUCUUGAUUUUAAAUCAUUGGUGAUGGAGUUCAUGUCAAAUGGAAGUGUGGACAAAUGGUUAUAUUCAAAUAAUUGUUGUUUGAGUUUCUUGCAAAGGUUGAAUAUAAUGAUAGAUGUUGCAUCUGCAUUGGUAUAUCUCCAUCAUGGUUCUUCAAUAUCUGUGGUUCAUUGCGAUCUAAAGCCUUCUAAUGUCAUGUUGGAUAAAAAUAUGGUUGCACAUGUUAGUGAUUUUGGUAUUGCCAAGCUCAUCGAUGAAGGCCGAUCUAAAUGCCAUACACAAACUUUUCCUACUAUUGGAUACAUUGCACCAGAGUAUGGAUCUAAAGGAAUUGUUUCUGUGAAAGGAGAUGUGUACAGCUAUGGGAUUAUGCUAAUGGAAAUCUUUACAAGAAAAAAGCCAACAGAUGAUAUGUUUGUUGCAGAACUAACUUUGAAGACAUGGAUCAGUGGAUCAUUGCCUAAUUCAAUUAUUGAUGUCAUGGAUUCAAAUUUAGUCCAAAUAACUGGGGACCAAAUUGAUGACAUAUUGACUUACAUACCAUCUAUUUUUGGUUUAGCCCUCAGUUGUUGUGAAGAUUUACCUAAAGCAAGAAUUAAUAUGGCAGAUGUUAUUAAGUCGCUAAUCAAAAUCAAGACUUUGGUUCUUAGAGCAAACAGGGUAUAGUUAUUUUCAUUUGUACAAUUGGAGUUUUCGUGUGUUGGAAUCCAUUUUUAAGUGGUUAUCUUUUUCUUUUUGUAAUGUUUGUGUGGGAUGUUUUCAAUAUGCUUUUUGGAUUUAUGUCUUGCUUUUUGGAUAUAUGAGAUUGAAGU